AUGCUUUCUGAUGAGCUUGAUUCCAAACCAGAGCUGCUGGUGGAGUUUGUCCAGAAUGCAUCCAUCCCGUUGGUGCAAAGUCUGGAGGACUCGGAUUCCAAACACUCCUGCCUGCCUCUGCUGGCCCCCCCGGAGAGCUCUCUGUGCACCCCGCUGGAGCUCACAGACGGAGGCCUGAGCCAUGAACCGGAGGCUUCCACCUCCCUGUCGGAGUUUGGAGGCGUAUCAGAGCAGAGCGCGUUGGUCCAGACGCACUCUCAGACGAGGGCCUCGCCGAGCCCCCCCGCCAUCCUGCACGACUUUCAGCAGCCAGACAGCACGUCCUACGUCCUGCUGAACCUGGCAAAAAGCAUCACCGCCUCCUCGGAGUCCCUGAUCUUCGGCGCAGACGGUAGUGGGGAGGACGAGGACGAGGGCGUGCCGUCCGGAGACUACGGGAUAGAUGGGAGCGCUCCCUGGUACCUGCGGGUGCAGGAGCUGGCGCACGACAGCCUGAUCGCCGCCACGCGGGCGCAAAUCGCACGGGAUGCCAAGGCCAACCAGGACGCCAGAGCGGCGAGCGUCAGCAUCGGUGACCACACACACGGCCUGGCAGUGGACGGGGAGAAGCGGGAGCCGCCGGCUCGGAGCGGACACCCCCUCUCCAAGCAGGUGCUGCGCUGCUCGUUCGAGGGCUGCUGCAGGACCUUCACCUGGCCGGCACAUCUCAAAUACCACCUCAAAACUCACAGGAACGACCGGAUGUUCCGCUGCGGCGCGGAGGGCUGCGGGAAGAGCUUCUACGUGCUGCAGAGGCUGCAGGUGCACAUGAGGACGCACAACGGCGAGAAGCCCUUCAUCUGCAAGGAGAAGAACUGCGGCAAGAAGUUCACCACCGCCGGGAACCUGAAGAACCACCGACGCACGCACACAGGGGAGAAGCCUUUUCUGUGUGAAGCAGACGGUUGUGGGCGGUCCUUCGCCGAGUAUUCCAGCCUAAGAAAACACAUGUUGGUCCAUUCUGGUGAGAAGCCUCAUGUGUGCGGCAUCUGCGGCAAGACCUUCUCCCAGUCCGGCAGCAGGAACGUCCACAUGAGGAAGAGGCACGGAGAGGAGGGGCUGAGUGGGGAAAGCAGAGAAACAGGAGAGGCCCUGACACAAAGCAGCCUGCUGGAGGCAGACGGGGAGAAUGGAAGUGAUCACCAGGAUCCUCAGACUCUGUGGUGGUCCUCUCCCAGCCUCAUGAACUGGUAA